GUCAUAGCGCAUCACACCCUCCCUCGCGAUAUCUCCACACAGCAGGCAGCUCGAGCGCAGGAUGUGUUGAAAGAAGGCKGGUUUCUGACGAACAAACUCCAAUAAACGAAGAGUUCGAUGUUUUCUCCAUCAAUCUGGACAUUUGAGAGGACAAUAGACUUAACAGGUUGUGUUUUAUUUAGCAGCAUUCGAGGCAUGCCAGUGCUGUUGUCAAAAUAACGUUAUUUUGAGUAAUUGUGGGCAAUUGAAAUAGGCAGCAUCAAGGGUUACUUCAAUCAAUCAAACCUGGGACUUGGUACUUGAUCAGAGRAGCUCACCUGCUCAGGAUCUAAGUUGAGUCAGCGAUGGCAGGACGUUCAGGUAGCCCCCAGGUAGUUGUAAAGACAGAGGAGCAGUCCAAUAGAGUCAUCUUCACCUACUUCCAGGGUGACAUCGGUAGCAUGGUGGACCAACACUUCAACCGUGCCCUCAGCAAGGCCAGUAAGACCAAGGCCCCCASCGGGAAGGGCAAAAAGAGCCGAAAGACUGUCAAAUCUGAGUCUGACUCAACAUCUUGCCAGUGGGUUGUUCCAACCCCAUCUUGGUCKGAAGACCAUUUUCCCCCUGUGUCUGGUCGCCUUCAUCUGAGCAGCACCAAUGAGUCUCUCUCCAGCCACCGCCAGGCUCUCAGCUCGCCAGAUGAGAGCACCAACCCCUUAGCCUUCACUCCUAGGCAACAUGGUGGUCUGGGCCUGCCUGCCAUGGCCUAUCCCCACUCCAUGUCCCAUGAGGGCCUGGGGGUCACUGGACAGCCUUACACCAACUCCCUGCUCAAUCUCCUCCACAGUGACCGGUCAGAGGUGGCUGCAGGCGUGGCCUCGGGCUCCAAACCAGAGCUCCUCCCUAGCUGGACGGGUCAACCUGGCUUCAGAGACCCCAUGAACCCUGACUCAGGUCUGCAGAAAAAGGAACUCUAUUGGUAUUAAAUGAAGCAUGACCGCGCAGGGAAGAGAGGAGUCUGCAACAUGUGCAUGCUGUGUUCACUCCUCUGGUUAUCAGACAGGCCUCCUCCACAGCCACUAGAAGAAGGAAGUGCCGGUAACUCUCCCCUCUGUUCCUCUUCAAAGGAUGACUUCAGUUCCUUGCAAUGCAACAGCUGGAACUGCCUCUCAGAAACAAAUCACUUACUGACUAACCAGUUUGCAAACCGGAUCAUAAUUCACAUCAAAGACCAAGGUGACAACCACUGCCAGUAUGCUGCCUACAACUCAAUAACUUUAAGCAUUUAUACAGAAGGACAGAGAGAGAGGGAGGGAGAGGGAGAAGGGGGGGUGUUUUGCAUGUGUAAGAAAAACAGUGUUAUGUCAAAAGUAGCCUGUAUCGACUGUGGAGAAACUUUACAAUGUUUUUUAAGAGUAUUUUAUUGAAAUGUUGGUGUUUAGGAAUAUCUGUUUCCUCUGAUGUGUGGACUUCUAAAGGAGGGGGUUUUGAUGUGAUUUUCAAUUGUGAUAUGGAAACAGAAACUGUUUUAAUUUUUUUGCACAUAACAAAUGAAUGAAAUGCAGUUGAUAUCCUAAUAAAUGAUUGCCAAAGUAA